UGCGCGCUCCCGCGGCCAAGUGUAUGUGUGCACUCGUUUAAAGAGUGGCCAAACAGAGAGAAGAUGGCGAUGAGAGCAGUAUUGCGAAGCCUGUCUGUAAAGUUGUCUCCCAGACUCGUUCAGCCCUUGCAGACAGGGCAGUUUUCAGCUGCUCGUCUGCUUUUGAGGAGCGACGCAUCGCGGGCGCUGAGCUCCAGCUCGACGCUGUCCACAGCUCUAAAGUUCACAGAUAAACAUGAAUGGGUGCGGGUAGAGGGAAGCAUUGGCACUGUUGGCAUCAGUAAUUAUGCCCAGGAAGCACUGGGAGACGUGGUGUACUGUGGGCUCCCAGAAGUUGGCCAAAAACUUGAACAAAUGGAGGAAUUUGGUGCCUUGGAAAGUGUAAAGGCUGCCAGUGAAUUAUACUCACCCCUCACAGGUGAAGUUUCUGAAAUCAACACAGAACUGGCAGAAAACCCAGGACUUGUAAACAAAGACUGUUAUGGAGAAGGAUGGCUAAUCAAGAUGAGCAUUGAAAAGCCUGAAGAACUUGAUGGUCUCAUGGAUCAAUCCGCCUACGAUAAAUUUGUUAAGUCACUUGAGGAUUAAGACUGUUGUUGAAAACCUGUAAUUGUCAUAAUCGUGGCAAUCACCAAGCAAUAUAAACAUGUUUACUAACCCA